CCGCUGUUGUUUCUUCAAGAGGAGAGGAGUAGCCUAGCCUAUGAUGAGCAGAAGAAACGUGAGGGAUAAAUAAUACGGAGAGAGAGGAACAGACGGAGCGGCACAAAGGAGAGAGGAGAGUGUUGUGCGGGAGGGCGAGAUAGAGGGAGAUGCAGGCAGUGGCCUAGAUGUGCGAAUCGCCAAGAGUUGCUCUUUCUGGUUCACUGGAUGGAGGCUGUUCUCGCGCAGGGAGGACUAUAGAAAAUAUUUGUUUGUUGAAGGCUACACAGUGAAACGUAACUUUUUUCCAGCACGUGUUUUCGUUCAUUCGUGUUCUGUAUUUUUAUGUGGCCUACUUUAUGUGUGUUUUGGGGAGAAAUGGGUCAAUAAUUUCGAGGCGCGCAAGCAGUAGCGCACAGUCCCACAUAUUGCCGCGCGUUAUGGCUCUCUCUGUCAAACAUGGUGUAUGAAAAUGCGCUGAACCUUUCACAUUUACGCACUGUGAAUAUAUAGUUCACGCCGCUUCCUUCGUCCCCCCUGUGUGAUGACGAUGGAAGUGGAAGCUGACAGCGGCAGAGGUAUAUCAAGGAGCGCUCAUGAUAAAUGCCCGCGGGCGGUGGAGCGCAACGGCUAUGUGAAAACAUGUGUCACCCCUCUGUAUCAGGACGCGGGCUGCCAGUCGUGGCUGAGACUCGCAGAUAUAUGGAGUUCCCUAAGACUGUCGUCCGCGGUGUGUGUGGGCUCUGUUUCGGUUAUUCUUGCUUUGCUGGUCAGAUUGGUGGACUGGGACGUGGAGCAGGAGAGUUGCAGCAGUAACAGCAAGAAUAACGGCGAGUCUGGUUCUCUAGUUCAUUUCGUGGCGACCUGUGUGGUGGAACUGUUGUUGAACGUUUGGUACCUCGUGUCCCCCGUCUUCACUCUCGUAUGUGCCUUCUUUUGGGUUGGCUUGUACCUGAUCCGCUGCGGGGUGCUGAUCCGGACCGCGGUGUUCCUGUUGGCAGUGUGUCACUUCGGCGAAGCCGCCGCGCAGUCUCUCCUACACGGUGCGGAGGACCAGUUGUUGUCUUUCACCGCCACGGUGGUGGUUCUAUCCUGUCUAGCCGUCGGGGCGCUGAUGGUGGUCAGACUCGGACAGGGGGUUUCUGUCAUCGUCUUCAUCAGUAUCAUCAGAACUGUGUCUCUCAUCUCCCUCAACAAGAUCCGGGCCAGCUGGAGACCCUACCUGGCGUACCUGGUAGGAGUGCUGGGGGUCCUGCUAGCGAGGUAUGCUGACCGGCUCCUGACGGGCUCAGUGCCACUCGGGGCGGGUUGUAGCUACGUGACAGCGGGGAAGGAAGAGAAUAUCAUUCCCGUGUUUAAAAGGCGACGAAGGUCCAGUUCAGUGGUCUCUUCAGACAUGGCGCACAGUCACAGCAACAGCAAGUCCCACCGAAGGACCUCGCUCCCAUGCAUUCCACGGGAACAGAUGAUCUCACAGACUGAAUGGGACCACAAGAGGGGUGCCCGGGGAUCCCAGUCAUCGGGUACCGGUGUGGUGGUGGACAUAGCGGUGAUGGGGGAAGCCCAUGGAUUGAUCUCAGACCUGCUGGCAGACCCCUCUCUGCCCUCCAACACCUGCAGUUCCCUGCGGGCUGUCAGUAACCUGCUCAGUACCCAGAUCAGUUUGCAGCCGCUGCACCGGCCUCGAAUCAACCCUCUGCAGGCACUCAGCGACACACACACCUGCUCCGACUCCGAGGACUGGCCAGAGAGAGAGAAACUGGCCAUCCCAAAGCGUCUGCGACGGAGCCUGCCUCCAGGCCUGCUGAGAAGGAUCUCCUCUACAUGGACCACCACCACCUCAGCUACAGGUCUUCCCACCAUAGAACCAGGACCUGUACGCAGAGACCGCUCUGCCAGCAUCAAACCCCUCCACGACAGUCCACCAUGCAGCAUGGUGAACAGUGAGUCGUGGAACAGCUCUGUAAUGCUCACCAUCUCAAAGAGUCGCUCCAUGUCUGCCUCCUACUCUGCUUCAGCCACCUCCAACCACCUCUACAACAGACGCAUGACCAGACCAGGUUACCCCCCCUCCAAUAUAUCUCCUCUGGACUCUCCCUGCCACUCCCCUCCGGUCCAGGGGACCCCUGUCUCCAGCCCCACCACCAAGUCCUGCUCUGUGGACCUACCGGACCCUGUGGACAGCCAGGGAGAGAGGCCUGUGGACCCCCAGGCCCCACACAGAGCAUUAACACACAGCAUCAGUGCACCUAGCUCCACCACACCGCACUGGGGGCCACCAUCUCUCUGCAUCAGCUGUGGUAGACCGUACAGCAGGCUGAGCCAUGGGGAGGGAUCUAUGGACAAAGGGGACAGAAUACCUCACCCUGAUGACCCGGCAGUGGCGUCGUCAGACUGUGAGAGCACCAACGAGACCAACCACAGUGACAGCAGUGACUUUGCACAGAACGAGGAGGACGUGGAGGGGGCCAAGAAGCCCUCGGACACCCAGGAUGGAUGCAGGUCGUACCAGCCAGAGGGCAUCGUCCUGCAACCCCUAAUGCCACCUCUAGAGGACACACAGCCUAUCCUGGACCCAGAGCCUCUGGUGAUGUCAGAGCUGGAUCCUCUGAUGACUCAACUCAACAGCUGGAACUUCCCCAUCUUCAACCUGGUGGAGAAAACACAUGGCCGCUCAGGAUGCAUCCUCAGCCAGGUUUCCUACCGCCUGUUUGAGGACACGGGACUGUUUGAGACGUUCAAGAUUCCUGUCAAGGAGUUCAUGAACUAUUUCCAUGCUCUGGAGAACGGAUACAGGGAUAUCCCAUACCACAACAGGAUCCAUGCCACUGACGUGCUCCAUGCCGUGUGGUACCUCACCACCCAGGCCGUGCCAGGCUUGCCCAACCUCCUCACAGACCACAGCUCUGACUCUGACUCUGACAGUGGGCUCCUCACCCCCAGCCAUAUAGGCCAUACAGGGUUCCUGGUCUCUAAGAUGUCUGCGGUGAUGGAGGAGGGUUAUGGAUGUCUGUCUGGCCUCAUCCCAUCCCUGGAGCUCAUGGCUCUGUAUGUGGCUGCAGCCAUGCAUGACUACGACCAUCCUGGACGGACCAACGCCUUCCUCGUGGCGACUAGCGCUCCUCAGGCCGUGCUAUAUAACGACCGCUCGGUGUUAGAGAACCACCACGCUGCGUCGGCCUGGAACCUGUUCAUGUCCCGGCCAGAGUACAACUUCCUGGGCAACCUGGAGCAUGUGGAGUUCAAACGCUUCCGCUUCCUGGUCAUCGAGGCCAUCCUCGCCACCGACCUCAAGAAACACUUUGACUUCCUGGCAGAGUUCAACGCCAAGGUGGGUGAUGAUGGCUGCUCGGGCAUCGACUGGUCCAAUGAGAACGACCGGUUGCUGGUGUGUCAGAUGUGCAUCAAACUGGCGGACAUCAACGGCCCACUGAAACACAAGGACCUGCAUCUACAGUGGACCGAGGGCAUCGUCAAUGAGUUCUAUGAACAGGGCGAUGAGGAGUCGAGUCUGGGCCUUCCCAUCAGCCCCUUCAUGGACCGCUCUGCGCCUCAGCUCGCCAAGCUCCAGGAGUCCUUCAUCACGCACAUCGUGGGGCCGCUCUGUUCCUCCUACGACUCUGCCGCCCUCAUGCCGGGGAACUGGGUCGACCCCACCGACUCACGGAGGACGGAGGGAGAGGAGGUGGGGGAACGAGAGACAGAGGAGGAAGAGGAGGAUACAGCAGAGGAGGAUGCGUCGACUAGCUCUGAGAGUUCCCAGAAGCACGUGGUGAAGCUUAAGAAGAGCAGGAGGAGAGUGUUCUGUCCCAUCACUCAGCACCUUCUGGACAACCACGAAAUGUGGACAAGAGUCAUCGCCUCGGAAACCCGGGACACACCGGACAGAGAGGCGCCUAACUGCCUCAGCAACCCCGCCGAGCCAAUCACAGCCAUCCACGAGGAGGAGGAUGAGCCAGCCAGUAAGGAGGAGCCAAUAGAUGGCCAGGUAGAGGAGACAGAAGGGGAAGAGACGGGGCUUGCAGAGGAAGAGGAAGUGGUCGAGCAAUCGGAGACUGCAGAGAAAAGGGAGGAGGAGUUGGAGUGAGAGGAUUAUAGUUGACCCUAAGAUCAGUUUAUCCAAACUCAUACCCUCUCCCAAAUAGACUUUCUGACUCAUGUCAGAAAUUAUACCCUAUUCCUCAUGUGGUGCACUAGCUGGCCAAAAAUAGUGCACUAUACAGGGAUUGGGGUGUUGUUUGAGACGCAGACCCUGAUAUUUGGUUGCCAGCAAAUCACUUAGACACAACACUGUAGAAGUUUGGAGUAACAUGUGCCUAAAGAAAACAAGGUGGAGGGAGGGAGCGGAAGCUGAGGAUGAGGUGGGAUUUAUUGUUUUACUACUAUAUUGGAUCAGGUUUCCAUUUCAGAAUCCCUCUCCCUGACGAGGUGCCCGCAACGCAAUACAGGCCCACAGAACACUGACCCCACUGCCAGCCUCAAGACACAGCCGGCCAUACAAGUGGACCGCAUCCACCUGACCGCCCUCACAGAACCAGGGUGUACAACGUGGACUGUACUGAAUAGACAGUACAAACACUAGCUCCUGAGGACAAUGAGAUGAAAGUGCGGGAAAAAGCUGUGUCCGCUCUGUGUUGGUUCUCAGGAGAGGACUGAGGACUAGGGAGAGGAGGGCCAGUGUUGAUACAGAGUGUGCUCACACACACGCAUGGAGACAAACACACACUUACACACACACACACACACACAAAUCCAUCAGAAGAUUUGCUAGCUACCCCAGGAAGAGGGAAUGGGAAGUCUAACAUAGAACCCUGUAGCUCUGAAAAAAAGCUUUAUACUCAGUCAUGGAAAAAAAAUCCACAACACAGUGUUUCUUCACAUUCUUCAUCUCUCUCCUUGUUCCCAAUUUGACCAUGUUUUCUCUCUUUCUGUCUUUCUUUCUUUCACUCUCUCCACUUUUGUGUCGGUCAUUCAGGCUCUUUUUCCCCCCCUCUCGCUCCUACGCAGUUCCACAGGACCCAGGAACACUGACACGCCCCACUGGGCACAGACUGGUUGAAUCAAUGGUGUUUCCACUUCUUUUCAAUGAAAUGACGUUGAACCACAGUGAAAUUGGUAUUGAAUUGACGUCUGCCCAAUGGGACCCGACGCAGACCCCUCAUCACAGUGUCCUUGUGCCCUUUGUCAUUAUUGCUUCAACCAACACAAGUGAUUGUUCUUUCGUUUGUGUUAUUGGUUUGGAGUUUUACUUUCUUUUUAAAAAAAAUUUCACACUGGCCGUAAGAUAUUCACUCUCAGUGGCGUUUGUGUUUUUUAAACAUGGCGUGGGGACUUUUUAUUUUGUUGCCUCUCUUAUUUUACGUACCUUGUAUUUUGAUUGUCUGCACACUACAAAGGGAAUCACUUUGAAUCUGAAUCACACCGUUUCUUAUAGAGUUAGAUCUUUCUUUUAUUUCGGAAGCCUCCGUUACGUAUUCCAAUGUAAGAUGUUUUAUAAGUGCAGAUUCUUUUCUCUCUUCAUAGCCUUGACCCAAUAGAUGAGGUUAUGUACCACCUUGGUGGAGAAGAAGCAUUCAUAUUUGGAUUCAUCUGUGGGUGUCAAUCUGACCAUGACACUGAAAAAGAGAUUCGCCUUUUUCAAAGGUUCUCUACAGCCGUCUUCAUUGAUAAACUAUUUUGUAGAACUCUCUCGUAAAACUCUUUUGAUGGUACACUGACCUCUAGCCUGUGUUUCUGUGCUCUCUCACAAUGGGAUCUACAACCUAAUACCCUGACAGGAAGUUCAGUCGAGAGAGCCAAUGUCGAAAGUACACAGAUUCUCUUUCAGUAUCUUCAGCGAUUCCCCAUCGAGUGAGCAGUCUCACUCAGUUCCUUCAGAGAACCAAGCUUACAGUUGUAACCAGGCAUUUUUGAACUCUUGGGAAAUCAUCUAUUUCUCCAUCAGGCUGAAAUGAUAACAGGCCCUGGGCUCCAAUAUCUUUCAGCUAGGCAAGUGAUCAAAGAAAGCUAAUUGCUGAGUGGCCCUUGGAAAGCCUUGAAGGAGAUGUGGAGGAGCCCAGAGGUUCAACCAAGAGAACACGGUUAUAGAUAUACUCCACAUACACUCAGACUGUGCUGCUCUAUAGAACAUGGUGAAUCACGCAUGGGGCUGAAUGCAAAGCAAACAAAAGUGUGAAGAAAGAGAAUGCAGUAAAAAAUAUCCAUACCAUGAAAGACAGAUGUCUGCUUAGUGUGUGUUUGCUGACUCCCACAAAGAAGUUAUGUAUUUAUUAACUUCCUGAUAGUUUCAACAUUUCAGCCAUAGGUCUGACAUGGUUGAACUGUAGCUACCCCAUUGUAGCUGUCACAUGAUACAUCUACCUGCAGCUAUCCCAUCUCUCCCUAUCCAUCCCGCUCCUAGCCCAGGGCAGCUCCCAUGACACGACCAGGCAGAUCAGGCCUAAGCAGGUGUGUGUCCGGAAAGGCACCCUAUUACCUACAUAGUGCACUACUUUUGACCAUCGUCCUAUGGACCCUGGUCAAAGUAGUGCAGUAUAUAGGGAAAAGGGUGCGAUUUGGGACACAGCCCUGGUGGACUAGCCAGCCAGCCUGAGCCAGGCAGCAUGCUGCAGUCAGCACAUGGACCAGUGCUGGGCUCCCCGUGGCUGUCCAUAGCCCCAUUUGAUGUCUAGAGAGAGAGAGACAAAUUGGUGGUGACAGAAGGAUGAGAGGGAAAGGUAGAGGAAACAGGAGAGGAGAGAGGGAAGUGAAGAGGAUAUGAGAGAGAGAAGUG